AUGGAUAUUUAUAAAUUCGAUGACUUGUUUUUUUUAGUUUAUCGUAAUAAAUAUUUAAGAAAUAAAAUAUUUAAUUCAAUAAAAGAAAUCAAUAGAGAAUUAUAUUAUUUCACCUAUGAUUACUUUAAUAUUCCAUUAGAAGUUAUAAUAAAUAAUAAUAAUAAACAAUUAUUAAUAGAAAAAUUAAAAUUACACGAAAAAUAUUUUUACAAUGAUCAUAGUAAUAAUAAUAAUAAUUUAAAUAAAAAUCAAAAACAAAAUAAUAGUUGCCAUAGAAAAAAUAAUAAAGAAUUAUAUAAAUAUUAUUUCGAGAUUAAUAACAAUAAUGAUGAUAUUGAAAAAUUGGUAAAUUGGAAACUAUUUGAUUUCGAGUUAUAUCAGUUAAUAAAUAAAUUAUAUCCAAAUGUAAUUUUCAGACACAAUAAUAUUAUAUCAGAUAUAUUUUCAAGUGCCAAAUUAGAAAUUUUUAAAGAUUUGGAAUUAAAAAUAGAUGAUUUUGAGCCUUAUAGAUCAAAUGAUUACUCAUUUAAUGGAUUACUAUCAUACUCUAUAAUUAAUAAUGAUUUGGAUAUGAUAAAGUUGUUUUUUGAACAGUUUGACGUUACAAAUAGUGAUACUCACUCCAGCCGUGGUUUGGUUGAUUUUGUUAAAUCAGUUGUAAAAUAUUCGAAAAUUGGGAAUUUACCACAACAUGUUAGAUUGGUAGUAAGAAAUGUUCAGGUUUUAGAGUACUUAUAUUCAAUUAACUUUCCAACAGAGCAGCUCUAUGUUAGUCAAGUGUGCUUAAAUGAAGAUUUAUCAAAUUUGAAUUUAUUUGAAAAUAGAGAGGACUUAAAGUGGCUAAAUAAUGAAGAUGUUUCAAAUCAUUUAAAAUUCGAUUAUUUAAUCCAACAUAUCAACUAUGAUGGGUACAUAUACAGGGGUUCUUUCAAUGGGGAUUUAGAGUAUUUAAAAAAGUAUUUCUCGAUCAUAGGCGACAUCUCUUACUCCACAUUGAAAAGUACUGUGGAGCUGGGGUACGACGAAAUGGCACUUUUCAUAUUAAAUCAAUUUCCAACGGGUAUUAAAUGGUCACAAGAACAUCUAUUAGAGUUACUAUGUAAAACUGAUAAUAUCCAAAUAGUGGACACUGUUUUAAAGCUAAUGGGUGAUAUUUCAUCCAUUAAUUUCAUAAGUUGUAUCGAGAGUAAACCCAAGUUUUUUGAAAAGGAUUUUGAAAAGAGGAAAUUAUUAAUUAAAAGACUCUGUAGAAUACCCUGUUUAAUCAAGCAUUAUAUCAGUCAAAUAAACAACAUAUAUCAUCCAAAAUCACCAUUAGUUUCAUUUUUAAAAUCAAAUUUCAAUCCAUAUCAUCAACACCAAAGCAACCUUAUACAACCAUCACUCCCAUUGGUUUCAAACCAAUCUUUAAUAUACGACUUACACAAAUUCCAGCUAUCGCCAAUAAUUAUGAAUUUUUUUAAAGUUAAUAAAUUUAAUAGAAAACAACUAAAAGAUAUUUUAUCAAGGGUUUCAAAUAAGAUUUUAUUAUAUCUUUUCGAAAAGAAUAUAAUAGCAAUCAAUUUAAUUAAAAAGUUAAUCAAAAUAGCCAUUCAUACAUCAAAUACAUUAAUAAUCAAUUUAUUAUUAAUGAGAGGAAAUCAAUCAUUUAAAAAUUAUAAUUUAUUCAAUUUAAAAAAUCAACAUCCAUUACAACAUCAACAAAUUUCAAAUUACUAUAAUGAAAUUCAUUAUUUAAUUGUUUAUUAUUCCUAUAUGGAUUUUGAAGGUAGUGGUACAGGUAGAAAUUUAUCAAUAAUUAAUUAUUUAGUAAAUGAAAAUUAUAUUUUUAAAAAUAGUAAUAAAAGCAAUAGUAAUAAUAGUAUUAUCAAUAUAGAAAAUAAUAAUUUAAUAAUAAAAAAUAGCAAUAUUAAUCAAAUAGAGGGUAGUAAUGAUAAUAAUGAUUUUUUUUUCUAUCAAGAUCAUAGUUUAAUUACUAUAAAUAACAGUGUUUUAAAUAAUUCAAUCAAUCAAGAAACCAAAACAUUUUUAAACGAAUUACUUUUACCAAACCGAAAAAAUUUGUGUGACCAAUUAUUUAAAUGGAAGGAAUUUGAUGUGGAGUUGCUAGAAUUAGUAGACCAAACAUUCCCAGGUUUUAUUGAUUAUAAAGAAUCCUAUCUAACAGAAGCCAUUAGAAAUGUAAAUUUGCAACUAUUUAAAGAACUUGAAAAUAAAUUUCCAAUUAAACAUAUAGAAAUAGUUCAAUCAUUUGGUUUUGAAUUAAAAGAGAAAACUAAAGAGGAAAUUAUAGAGUUUUAUAUUUAUAUUAAAGAAAAUUAUCCAUCCGCCAUCAACAUUGUUUCAAUCGAUAAACUCGCAAUAGAUAUUAUUCUUGAAUGCAGAUCAAAUGAAUUGGGUGAAUUUAUAAUUUCGGAAUAUAUUCGAUAUGAAAAUUGUAAUGAUUUUACAAUGUUAUCAUUAAUAUUAUCCACUUUGCAAAAUAAUAGAACUGAUAAUGAUAGCUUUUUAGAAAUAUAUGGUUUCAAAAUUAAUAAAAAUGAAAUUAAAGAAUUAUCUUGGUCAUGCGUGGAGGACGACUUAUCAAAUAUUCAUCUCUUUAAUGAUAGAAAUGAUAUUGGUUGGGUAUUGGAUGAUUACCCCACAUCAUUACUAAAGUAUGAAUAUUUUAUCAGAGGAUCAGGGUCAAGUACUUAUUGUUUCAAAGGCUCUUUAAAUGGUGAUUUAGAAUACUUAAAAAAACAUGUUUUAUAUUGUUCCAGUUAUAGAAAAGUCUCAGUCUCAACAUUAAAAAGUGCCGCUAAAAAUGGUUAUCAAGAAAUGGUGGAAUACAUUCUAGAGAAUCACUUUUCAGAACAUUGGAGUAUUUUGGAUGUAAUUCAGGUUUUAUCAUUUAUCAGCACCGAGUCUAUAAUCAAAAUUUUGUCAAAGCUAAUCGAUAACAAAAAGUUUACAAUAGAUUACAAUUUGCUUUUAAACACAAAAAACUCCAUUUUUAUUAGCAACUAUGAUGACAGAAAGAUAUUAAUUAACUGUUUAUAUAAAUUACCAAAUUUUUUAAACUCUUUUAUCCAUCACAUCAACACCAGAUACGAAAAAAAAUCACCACUAUCAAUAUUUUUAAAAAUUAAUUUUAAUCCAGUUUACAUCGAUACUGAAAUAAUAUCUGCCAAUCUUCGACUCAAUCAAAUAUUACCCGAAUAUGGUUUUUCAAAUUACCUCAAAGAUGAAGAUGAUUCUUUAUGGUGUAUUAAGUCAUCAGUUUAUUGUGUUUUUUGUUUGGGUAUUUAUUGUGUACCUUAA